AUGAAGGCUGAAUUAGACUCACUUGCGAAACGUGAAGUCCUUGGACCUGUAGUCCGUACACCUGCAGAUGUAAAAUCUGUUGGAUGCCGAUGGCCUAACAGAAAUUUGUUGGUGCGUAAAUUGAAUCCGCCACAGAGUUGGAAUCCGAGGGUCGAAAACUACUUACGCGCCACUGGAUUCUACCACGUAUCUAGGAUUGGGAUGAUAAGAGGAUUUCACCCGUUGUUAGCUGCUCUGGUUGAAAGGUGGAGGCCGGAGACUCACAUUUUUGUGUUGCCGGUGGGUGAGGUUACAGUGACAUUUGAAGAUGUCGCACAUAUAUUUGUGUUACCAAUUGAUGGAGAGCCUGUGAGUGGAUGGACUGAUAGUAGUAGUGAUUUCGUUCAGAGUCAGAGCAUGGCAAUAUUCGGACGUCAACCGGUGCUCAGUCGGUCAACCCUAUUCACAGAUAAGUCGACUGCAUAUGCCCAUGCGAAGUAUCUACCGUUGCUUCGCGGUUUCGAGCGGAUUCAUACUUAUAGUUGGGGUUCAGCAUAUCUUGCACAUCUUUACAGAGCACUAUGCCGUGCAUCAUGA